GGGCGGUGUCGCGUUGUGGUUUUUUUUGGGGUUGGGGGGAGCUGAUGGGAGAAGGGAAAUGUAGUGAGUCCUCCCGGCCUCUGGCGGGGUGGGGCGGCGUCGGCGGCGAGUUCCCCCGCCUCCAGGAGCCGUGAGGAGACGAGACCUCCCGGCCGUGGGUGGCGCUGUGCCGGGCCCUCCGUUCGCCCGGGAGCCGGUGGGCAGGUCCCUUUGCCCGGGCAGAAGCCGGUGGUACACAGCGGGGCCUCGGCUGACAGAAGCCGGAUGGAGCUUGAGUUGACAGGAACAUGCCUGACCCAUCGAAGGGAGUGUCAGCACCAGUAACGUGACUUCCUGCAGCAGUUUCCGAAGCAGUUGGUUUCUCCGUGCAGCCCCGGACACUGAGUUUGUGAAGUGAAUGGAAUGUAGUCAGAUCAUCGAUCAGCUCUGCAACCGCGUUGGUGUUCGCAGUGGUGUAGGGAACAGUUCACUUUUACUGGGCAGCAGUUGACUGAGGAGAUGACGGUUGCAGAGGAUGGUUCAAUAGUAGCCAUGGCGGAGGAGAAUGCCCCACAGCUUGUGGAUUAUUUUGUGGUGGCCGGUCUGACUGACACCUCCAAACCCCUGGAGGAGGGCACUUCGAAACUGGCACGGCCGGUCGAACCCAUCGCUGACGUGGCUAUCAUCAUCCGCUCGCAGGGGGAGGAGGUACCUGAGGGCUUUACCUGCAUUGAGACCACUCCCAGUGGUCAGUCUGCGGACCUCAACUGUGGCCUCCUCAGCACCUCCCACAUGUUCCUGUGUUACAGGCGGGGCCGAGAGAAGUUACCCCUCAUUGACCUCGGGCUGAAGAAAGGGGAUGAAUGCUGUUCCGCUGUAGCAGGCUUAAAGAGCCGAAUGGCCUCCUGCUGUUCGUGA